UAUUAUCCUUUUUUUCGUCGUUAAUAUAAAAACGCCUUAGAUAAUAUUGUUUAUCGUGAUUCAUUUGCUUCGGCACUCAGGCGCCUUUAUUCUGUAUUUUUUAUCAGAUACGGUCCCGUCUGUAAAGGUAUUUAUUCUGAAUCCUUCUAUUUCGCAAUGCUUGUGUACAAGCACAAUUUCAGUAAAUAAGUAAUCGUUACCGCCGUAUCUUUUCCCGUAUCUUCCUUCACUUUGAUAUAAAAGCAAGAUUGCUGAAAUCUUCAUCAAAUACCUGUUUUCUUUCGUCCUGUACUCUUAUUCUUGUGUUUAAAAAAAAGGGGGUAAGGAAAAAGAAAUGGCUAUACAAUUCGUGAGACAGAGAUUCUCCAGCAUCGUGAGAGAAUCGGGCAAAAUAAGAUUCCUGAGUUCCCAACAAGCGAUCGAUCGCGACAACAAAUACGGCGGUAUACACUUCAAACCGCUGCCAGUUGUUCUCUCCCGCGGGGAAGGAGUUUACCUGUGGGACAUCAAUGGAAAGCGAUAUCUCGAUUUCCUGGCGGGAUUCUCGACUGUCAACCAGGGUCACUGUCACCCACGUCUGGUGAAAGUAAUGAGAGAUCAAGCUGGCAAGUUGGCGCAUACUUCGAGAGCCUUUUACUCAGAACCUCAAGGCGAAUUGGGAGAAUAUCUGACAAAACUCCUGGGAUGGGAUCGGUUUUUACCUAUGAACACAGGUGUCGAAGGUGGUGACACGGCCAUAAAAAUGGCCAGACGCUGGGGAUAUAGAGUGAAAAAGGUGCCAAACGGCAAGGCUACCGUUGUGUUCGCCAAUGGGAACUUUUGGGGCCGUUCAUUAGCGGCCUUAUCGGCAUCGACGGAUCCAAAUUGCUACACAGAUUUUGGCCCGUACAUGCCCCUUUUCGAGAAAGUGCCAUACAACGAUCCGGUUGCACUGGAACAAAAGUUCCAGGAAAAUCCUAAUAUCUGCGCUUUCAUGAUGGAACCCAUUCAAGGAGAAGCCGGCGUCGUUGUGCCGACUGAUGGUUAUCUAAAACGUGUGAGAGAAUUGUGUACAAAAUACAAUGUUCUAUGGAUCGCCGAUGAAGUGCAGACUGGUCUUGGAAGAACUGGUACACGUCUAGCAAUUGAUCAUGAAGGCUACAGGCCAGAUAUUCUUAUUUUAGGAAAAGCACUUUCUGGCGGGAUGUAUCCGGUUUCCGGUGUCCUGGCGGAUGAUAAGAUAAUGCUCUGUUUGGAAACGGGUUCGCAUGGAAGCACCUUCGGUGGGAGUCCGCUUGGAAACAGAGUCGCUUUGGAGGCGGUUAAAAUUCUAGAGGAGGAGAAUCUCGCGGCGAACGCGAAGAAGCUCGGGAAAAUUCUAAAGGAAGAACUGGAAAAGCUGCCGAAGGACAUUGUGACGGAAUUCCGUGGACGUGGACUUUUGACCGGUCUUAUGAUAAACAAAGAAUUCGCCGAAGGUUGGGACAUCUGUCUAAAAUUGAGAGACGCUGGAUUGCUAUCUAGACCCGCGCAUGGUCAAAUCAUCAGAAUAUCACCUCCAUUGACGAUUACGGAGGAACAAUUACGAGAAGGAAUAAACAUUCUCACUACAGUUCUCAAAAAUUACAAAUGA